UUUAACCUCACUUCCUUAAAAAGGAUCAGUAAAUCAGUUGCUCGUUUGAGUAGAGAGAAGCUGCUGAGUCAUUUUAAAAACUCCUCCACGUCGAUUGCUUUCACGAAGCAGACAGAACAAAGUUCUCAGACUCCACUUAAUUAGAUCAUAUGGCUGUGUUGAAGAUUGCAGGGGUGUUGAUCCUGAGCUGUGUUUCCUUGUCGUCUUCCGUGGUCACUUGCCCAAAUUACUGCUUCUGCUACUCCUCCGACAGUAUCACAUCUAUGACAUGUGUUUCGCUUGAAAGCCUUAACCAGGUGCCAAAAAACAUCCCUGCUGAGAUAACCACCAUUUCGAUUGAAUUCACCAACAUCAAUGCCCUAACAGACGAUGAUUUUGUUAGUCUUUUCCAACUUCGAGAGCUUCUUCUUUCAAGUAAUCAGUUGGCAAACAUCUCAUCGGGUGCUCUAAAAGAUCUGCAUCAUCUGAGAAUACUGGAUUUAAGCAACAAUUUGUUGACUACAUUGCCACCAAAUUUGUUCUUGCGGACUUUCAAUCUCUCCUCGCUAGUUUUACAGGGAAACAGACUGAAUAAAGUGAAUCCUUUUUGGUUUUAUCAACUUCAGGGUCUUAAAUGGUUGGAUUUAUCAAAGAAUAUGUUGGAAACGUUACUUCCUUAUUCAUUUCAUAAUUUGACCAGUUUGGAAAUACUUGACUUAUCCAGUAAUAAAAUUAAAUAUUUACCAAGCAAUCUAUUUGACAAUAUGCCCAAUCUGGAUAGGUUAACUCUGGGUGAAAAUGAGUUGACUACAUUUGUCCCUGGUACCUUUGACAAUGUAAUCAAUUUGAAAUAUUUGUUUCUUAAUAAUAAUAAGAUUUUAAGGAUUCCAGCGAUGCUGUUUGAUAAAGUUCCAAUACUAGACAUGCUGGAUCUCUCACAGAACAAUUUAACAUCAUUGCCCCCAAGAUUGUUUGGUAAUCUCUUGCAUAUUGGGGCAGGAUGGCAACAGGGUAUGGAUCUCUCACAGAAUCCAUGGGUUUGUAAUUGUGACAUUAAAUAUCUGUGGUACUGGCUGAAUAUGAAUAUGCAAAAAGUGUACUUUCUUAACACAACAGUUUGUGCCACACCUGCCACGCUCAGGUGGAAAGCAAUUAAAGCACUUUCCGAAGAGGAGCUAAUGUGCUGAAUUAAUUACAAAAAAAUAUUAAGAUUGUUCUUCAUUUGAAUUAUGUCAAAAAAAUAAAAGUUAAAUGUUCUCUUA